GCAGUGCGCAUCAAAGACAAACCGGCCUCUAAGGGAAAUUUUAUCCAGCUCAAAGCUCCUACGUGUUUCUACUUUACGGCAAACUCGCUAUUCAUUACCAUCCGCGUUCUCAAGCUUAUCAACAUGAAUCGUUAUCUAGCGUACUGCACCCAUCAUACCCGUCUGCUGAUACAGAUGGAGAAGCAUCACAUAUAAAGCAGUCUAUGCGCGAUCAUACUCCUCACUCAACACCACAUCCUGAGUUCGCCUCAGCGUUGACUUACUUCGAACACUUUAGCCUGUGCACUCUAUCGCCUACGAUAAUUUCAAUGGCCCCGACGAUCACCAAACCAUUGCCCUCAACUUCUUCACCUAUGGACAUCGGCAUCAUCGGCGGCGGCGUUGCUGGGCUCUAUUCAGCUCUCCUCCUCAGGAAAGCGGGCCAUAAUAUCCACAUCUUUGAGGCGAAUAAUCGUGUCGGGGGUCGCAUUUACACCCACCACUUCUCAUCCGAGAAAAACCAGUACUUCGAGGCUGGCGCGAUGCGCAUUCCUAACUCUUCCAUGCAAAAGGUUGUGCUCGACUUGAUUGCGCACCUCAACGCCCGCCACGAUCUCCCUUCCGAUAAACACAUCCGUCUCAUCCCCUACAUUCUAAACAGCUCUGGAAACUGCCUCUACAUGAACGGCCUUCGGAGGGACGGGUAUCGUGUCAUGAACACGACGCCUGCAGAUAUCAAUUGGGAUGUCCCGCCCAGAUACCUCGGACGCACAGCAGGCUCUCUAUUGAUGGAGGUCCUUAGACCUUUCCUCGAGGAUCUGGAACGAGACUUUGAACGCGGAUUCGAAUCCCUCCUGAAAUUCGACAGCCUCUCCUUCCGUGACUACCUCAAGUUGAUCGCUCAGUGGGAGGACGAAGUGAUCGAUUUUGUGGAGACGGUUUGCUCCCAGACGAACCAGUAUGCACUUGGCUGUGUCGAGAUCGUCAUGCAGCACUUGGACUUCAUGACGCAGGAGUGGUUCACGAUUGAGGAUGGUAUGGAUCGCCUCCCCCAAGCGAUUGCGCACGUCAUCGGUCUCGACAAGAUCACUUUCGGUGCUCGCGUUACUGGCGUUCAUGAUACGGAACAUGGCGUUGACAUCACAGCACAAGGAUACAACGGUAUCUUCCGACAUUCCUUCGACAAAGUCAUCUUGGCAAUCCCUCCCGCUGCCUUGAAGAUGAUCGCUGAUCGCUCUCGAUGGAGUCCUGCGAAAGAGCUAGCCAUUCGUUCGAUGCACUUCGAGCCCCUAUACAAAAUGGGCAUGCGCUUCAAAACCCGGUUUUGGGAGCGCGGAUCCGCCAAUAGAGGGGGCCAAUCAGCGACGGAUCUUCCAAUUCGGUGGAUAGUCUACCCGUCCAAUGGCAUCGGUGAAAACGGGCCUGGCGUUCUUUUGCUCUACUCCUGGAUGACGGACGCCAGUACAUGGCUUUCCCUGACUGAAAUCGAGCGCCGAAGUCUAGCCCUCCGCUGCUUAGACGAAGUGUAUCCCGACGUCGAUGUAUACGGCCAACUCAUGGAGACGUUCGACAUUGCAUGGGCAGCGCAAAACGCGACGGGAGACGCGAUGUUCCUUCCCGGCCAAUUCCAUCUGCGCUUUGAGGAUGCACGCAGGCCAGAAGGAAAUGUCUAUUUUGCAGGGGAACACCUCUCCAGACACCAUACGUGGAUCGCGGGUGCCCUGCUAUCUGCUUUGCACAGCGUGCAGGAGCUUCUUGGUGAUAGUUCCGGGACCACGGUGGAACCAUUUGCUCCUAUUCGACCGCUUUCUAUUUUCGAGUCUUCGAUUCAGUAUGACAUCUAAAUGCCUAAUCAUACAUCAUGGCUCGCCCUGCCACGCUUAAUGACAGGUUUUUCUUGUGUUUGGCUUACAAAGUCAUAGAGAGGCCCUUUUUUCUUGUAUUUAUCGAGAUAUACAUAUGUAUCAGAUCACUUACGCUGUACUUUUAUGGCUACUUUUACAGCACAUACGCAUCAUUUAUGGAGCAGGUCUCGAGCGUAUACUUGUAGUUACAGUCUCUUAUGCGACGUCCUCAGCUUAAAGCGUC